UUUGACGCAAACGUUCAGUAUCUGACUAGACAGUAGACAUGCCUCCUUGUAAUCCUGUUCCUACGCUAGUUGAGAUCUGCCUGGAGACUCUGCCUAGGAUAGUUAAGGAGACAGUUUCAUAUACAGGAGAGAAAUUGGUUAAUCACUGGUUUAAUUCUCGUAAAAAGAAAAAGACAAGUGAUAAUGAUACCAGAAGGUCUCUGAAAAGUACUAAUCAGAUAAAGCUGGUUUCUGGCAGAGUAGCAGAGGGUGAGGAGAAAUUGUUCACUGAAGAACAGGCUUCACAAGUCAUAGAUUAUGAGCAUAAAGAGCAGUUUGACCAGUAUGAAACCAGUCAUGUGGAGCUAGAUGAAGAAUUGGCAAUCAGAACUAAAUCAGCUGUUGCGGAGUUCCAAAACUGGUUUGUGGACAGCUGUGUUCCAGGAAUCCUGGACUUGGUGGUCACCUCUAUAAUACAGGGAGUAGAGGAGGCUGUUGUGGAAAAGAAUUGUGAACUUCACAAGAAGGACACAACUGUACAGCUAGCAAGCAUCAACAUGCAGAUGUUUAUUAUCCUUAGCUUCGUCGACAGCGUAAUUUCUCCGAUUGUAUCAAACCUGGAUAUAUCAAACCUUAUUCAGGCUGUGAAGAACAGGAUUUACACACGGAUGGAAGGACUCACGGGCAUGAAGAAGUUGAUAAUGGGAGAGGGGUCUCAUGGAUAUCUUGCAGAUUUUUACAAGCAGCAUUUUCUCACUGGUGUUGGUGGAAUGAACAGACUUACUUAUUUCUCACUCCAAUGUGAUUGUUUUGAUGAACUUGUGGAGCUUCUGGGUAAAAACUGCUCAAAAACUUUGAGAACUUUGGAUGUUCAGCGAUCUUUUCAUGUGACAGAUAUUAGUGUAAAAGACAUAUUUGCAAUGAAACUACUUGUAAAUAUUAACAUAUUCUCUUGUGGAAUAACCAACGAAGGCAAAGCAAGAAUUCUUUUAAAUCUACCAAAGCUUCAUGAACUUGAUAGAGGAGAUUUUCUCUGUGAUGCUCUCGAUUGGAUAGAUUGGUGGCCUGAAUCCAAAGGAACAGUUCUACAAAUCAGAGAGUUUUAUUCCUCUGAGUCUUAUCAUUUCCAUACACAAGCUCAAAUGGCCCUUGUGGCCCUGUACUGUCCUGGUAUAGAGAAGAUGAGAUUUAUGUUUAGCAGAGAACAUUUUAUAAAUUUUACACCUUUGGCAAAAUUUAAAAAACUUCGAAGUUUAAAUAUUUGUGGAGGUGAUUUUUACUCAGAUGGAUUGAUUGAUCUUCUUGAGGAAAUAGGGAGUCAGCUAAUAUGUCUCGAACUCUACUAUGUAGACCAAAUUGACUUAAAGGCUCUCGUGAUGAUAUCCGUGUACUGCACUAAACUUGAAAAACUUGGUUUCAGCAAUUGUGGAUUUCGAUCAUCUUUUGAAGAUUUUGAAAAUACAGACGAUUAUGAACGUUCCUUGCUGUUACGAGAUGUGCCUGUGGUUGAAAUCAUGCAGCCCUUGGUCCAUCUUAAUAGUCUUAGUAUCUCCAGUAGAUGUACUUUACAGCAUAUCAGUAUUCUUAUUUCCAACGCAAGAAAUCUGAGGCAUUUAGACAUUGGACUGAUGAUAGAAGUAAAUGAUAAAUAUAUUAACCAGAUCCUGCCCUACAUACCUAAACUUGAAACCUUUAGUGUAAAAGGAAGCGAGAGGAGUGAUCUAACUAUUCAAGCUACUGAGAUAUUACUGGCCAACUGUGAAAAUUUGAGAGAAAUUAAAGAUUUAAGAGCUUGGUCUGGAGUAUAUCCUAGAGAAAUACAGAAUCUUAUACAAACCUCUAGGUAA